AUGGUGAGUCCCUUUUCGUCACCUAAGAGAUGCAGAAAAGGAAGCAAAGAAAGCAAGAACCCUUUUUCAGAUCGUGGGCUUGAAAAGUUCUCUGCACUUCUCUCUGAGCUGGACGAGAAGAGACAGAGCAUUUACUCAAAGAGGAUCGACUCCGAUGGGCUGCCUCUCAUUCGGUUUGUGUUCAAAAGCUCCGGAGAGUGCGUCCCUGUCAUGAUCAAGACAAAGAGGGUAACGAAGAAGAAGGAUGCUCAAGAUGACUUCAACUUCAAGGUCAAGACCGAAUCAAAAACAGAGGAAGAAAUAGAAAUGAAGAUAAGAGAGUCAGGAACAGAGCAGAAACAGAGCUGUGUAUUGCACGAGAAGCUGGAGAAGAUUUCAAGACCGAACCAUUUCUUGCCCGUGACAGCGAUCUUGGUUCUAAUCUUCUUGGUGUUUUUCGGACGAACCGUCUCGAUCAUGUGCACUUGUAUCGUUUGGUACUUGGUGCCAAUGAUUAGGGAACAGAGUAGAAACAGAGGAUCAGUAUACGUGACGGAGAAGAAAAAGAAGAAACUGAAUGUCGAAGAUAGAGCAUCGUUUGACCAGAGAACGGCUCGUGUUCUUAAAGAGAAGUUUCCGCAUCUGGCAGCUCCUGGUAACACUCGGUGA